CGCUCUCUCGCUAGCUCUCACUGCUGCGCUCUGAGGUGGUGUGGGGCGCGAAGCCCCCCGGGCCGGGUGAGGCGCGGGCGGCGGGAUGCGGCGGCGGCCGUGGCGGGGUCGCGGUCCGGGCGGACAGGCGCGGUGAUGAGCUUCGGCAGCUCCCGCCAUGUCCAAGGUAACGGCGCCCGGGCCCGGGCCGCCGGUGGCGGCGGGCGGGAAGGAGAAGCGCUCGUUCAGCAAGCGGCUGUUCCGGAGCGGCCGCGCCGGGGGCGGCGGCGGAGCUGGGGGCCCUGGACCGGCCGCGCCCUCGUCGCCGUCGUCGGCGCGCUCGGUGGGCAGCUUCAUGAGCCGCGUUCUCAAGACGCUGUCCACGCUUUCGCACCUCAGCUCCGAGGGCGCCGCCCCGGACCGCGGCGGCCUCCGCAGCUGCUUCCCGCCCGGGCCGGCCUCCGCGCCUACGCCGCCGCCGUGCCCGCCGCCGCCCGCCUCGCCCGCUCCGCCCGCCUCUGCUUCCGAGCCGGUGCCCGGCGUGGCGGGGCUCCGCAACCACGGCAACACGUGCUUCAUGAACGCCACGCUGCAGUGCCUCAGCAACACCGAGCUCUUCGCCGAGUACCUGGCCCUGGGCCAGUACCGGCUGGGCCGCCCGGAGCCGUCGCCUGAACCAGAGCAGCCGGCGGGUCGCGGCCCGCACGGUCAGGGCGAGGUCACCGAGCAGCUGGCGCACCUGGUGCGGGCGCUCUGGACUCUGGAGUACACCCCGCAGCACAGCCGAGACUUCAAGAGUAUCGUAUCAAAGAAUGCUCUGCAGUAUCGAGGAAAUUCCCAGCAUGAUGCCCAGGAGUUUCUGCUAUGGCUUUUGGAUCGAGUUCAUGAAGACCUCAAUCAUGCUGUAAAGCAGAGUGGCCAGCCUCCUCUGAAGCCACCAUCAGAGACUGAUAUGAUGCCUGAGGGACCAUCUUUUCCUGUGUGUAGCACUUUUGUACAAGAACUUUUUCAAGCCCAGUACAGAUCUUCUUUGACGUGUCCUCAUUGUCAGAAACAGAGCAACACUUUUGACCCUUUCCUGUGCAUUUCUUUGCCAAUUCCACUACCCCACACAAGGCCUCUCUAUGUCACUGUAGUGUAUCAAGGGAAAUGUUCUCACUGCAUGAGGAUUGGUGUGGCUGUGCCUCUGUCUGGGACUGUUGCCAGACUUCGGGAAGCUGUGUCUAUGGAGACAAAGAUCCCCACUGAUCAGAUUGUGCUAACCGAAAUGUACUAUGAUGGAUUCCAUCGUUCCUUCAGUGACACAGAUGACCUGGAGACGGUUCAUGAAAGUGAUUGCAUUUUUGCCUUUGAGACUCCAGAAAUAUUUAGACCUGAAGGAAUUCUCAGUCAAAGAGGCAUUCACUUAAAUAACAAUUUAAACCACUUGAAAUUUGGCUUGGAUCAUCACAGACUAUCUUCCCCACCAUCAACAGCAGCAAAACAAGGGAAAGUGGACUUGCCCACCAGAGUGGCAAAUGACAAGAUUGUUCUGCUUGUGUGUAACCGGGCCUGUACGGGGCAGCAAGGGAAAAGAUUUGGACUGCCUUUUGUCCUGCACCUAGAGAAGACAGUAGCAUGGGACCUUCUGCAGAAGGAGAUCUUAGAGAAGAUGAAGUAUUUCUUGAGGCCUACUGUCAGCAUCCAGGUGUGUCCAUUCAGUUUGCGUGUGGUCAGUGUUGUGGGGAUAACUUACUUGUUGCCUCAGGAAGAGCAGCCCUUGUGCCACCCGACAGUGGAAAGGGCAUUAAAGUCCUGUGGACCAGGUGGCACCGCUCAUGUGAAACUGGUGGUAGAAUGGGACAAGGAGACAAAAGAUUUCUUGUUUGUAAACACUGAAGAUGAAUAUAUCCCUGAUGCAGAGAGUGUCCGUCUGCAGAAGGAGCAUCAUCAUCAGCCACAAACCUGCACUUUAUCCCAGUGUUUUCAACUCUACACCAAAGAAGAACGGCUUGCUCCAGAUGACGCAUGGCGAUGCCCACACUGCAAGCAGCUGCAACAGGGGAGCAUCACAUUAAGCCUGUGGACUCUGCCUGAUGUGCUUAUUAUACACCUCAAGAGAUUCCGCCAGGAAGGAGACAGGCGCAUGAAACUUCAGAACAUGGUCAAGUUCCCCUUGACUGGCCUGGACAUGACACCUCAUGUGGUUAAGAGAAGUCAGAGCAGCUGGAGCUUGCCAUCUCAUUGGUCCCCAUGGAGACGGCCCUAUGGACUCGGGAGGGACCCUGAGGACUACAUCUAUGACCUGUAUGCUGUGUGCAAUCAUCAUGGCACCAUGCAAGGGGGGCACUACACAGCGUACUGUAAGAACUCCGUGGAUGGUCUCUGGUAUUGCUUCGAUGACAGCGAUGUGCAGCAGCUGUCAGAAGAUGAGGUGUGCACACAGACAGCUUACAUACUUUUCUACCAGAGGCGGACAGCCAUCCCAUCAUGGUCAGCUAAUAGCUCGGUGGCAGGUUCUACAAGUUCUUCUCUGUGUGAGCACUGGGUGAGCCGGCUCCCAGGGAGCAAGCAAGCCAGCGUGACCUCUGCAGCCUCCUCCAGACGCACCUCCUUGGCUUCACUCUCUGAGUCUGUGGAGAUGACUGGGGAAAGGAGUGAAGACGAUGGAGGCUUUUCUACUCGACCAUUUGUGAGAAGUGUGCAGCGCCAAAGCCUGUCAUCCAGAUCUUCUGUCACCAGCCCCUUGGCCGUCAAUGAAAAUUGCAUGCGGCCUUCUUGGUCCCUGUCUGCCAAGCUACAGAUGCGCUCCAGUUCUCCUUCCCGCUUCUCAGGGGACUCCCCGAUCCAUGGGUCUGCCUCCACCCUUGAAAGGAUUGGGGAGGCAGGUGAUGACAAAGUGUCCAUAUCUUGCUUUGGUAGUCUACGGAACCUUUCUGGUAGUCACCAGGAACCAAGUGACAGUCACAAUAGACGAGAGCACAAGGCUGUGGGCCGGGCCCCAUUGGCUGUCAUGGAAGGUGUGUUCAAAGAUGAGUCAGACUCUCGAAAGUUGAACUCCGGUGUUGUAGACACACCAAACAAAAAUCUAGCACAAGGGGAUUGCUUGCCCCCCAUUUCUGAUCCUUUUGAUAAUAAUAACCAGAUUGCGUAUGUGGAUCAGAGUGAUUCUGUUGACAGCUCUCCAGUCAAAGAGGUGAAACCUCCAAGCCACCUAGACUCCCUCACAAAGAAGCCAGAGAGCACAACCAAGAAAUCCCCUAGUUCCAAAGGCACUUCUGAGCCAGAGAAGAGCAUGCGGAAGGGGAGGCCAGCCUUGGCCAGCCAGGAAUCUUCUCUUUCAAGUCCAUCCCCUUCUUCACCUGUUCCUGUGAAGGUUUCCUUGAAACCUGCCCGCUGUCGGAGCAAAGCAGAUUCUUCCAGGGCCAGUGGAAGGCAUUCAUCCCCUGCCUCUACCCAACCCAAAAAAGAAUCAUCCCCCAGGUCCCAGGAAUCCAUGUCAUCUCCUUCACCACAGAAGCAAAAGUCUGCUUCUGCCUUCACUUACUCUUCUUCUUCCAUAUCUGCCAAAAAAGCCCCAGGCUCUGCCACCAGGGGCUCCUUACCUUCUGGGAAGAGUAGGACUUCUGACCGGAGCUUGAGUAGAGAGGGUUCCAGACAAAGCUUAGGUUCUGACAGAGCCAGUGUCACCUCCACCUCCACCUCCAAACCUAGCUCCCCUCGGGUGAAUCAGGCCAGAUCAGGAGACAACAGAGUUGAUGGCAAACACGUUCGGAGCUCUUCCAUGGCCAGCCUGCGCUCACCUAGCACAAGUGUGCGCUCUGGGUUGAAGAGGGACAGCAAGUCUGAGGACAAAGGACUGUCCUUCUUUAAGUCAGCCUUGAGACAGAAAGAAACCCGGCGGUCUACUGAUCUUGGCAAGACAACCUUGCUGUCCAAAAAGGCUGGUGGGAGCUCUGUCAAGUCCGUCAGUAAGAACACCACAGAUGACAAGGCAGAGAAAGGCCAUCAGUCCCCAGGCUCACAGCAGCCAAAUACAAAUGCAGUUGGAAAAGAACAGCUUGUCUCAAAGGACCCUGCUUCUGCUAAACAUUCCUUGCUAUCUGCUCGAAGAUCCAAGUCUUCCCAGCUAGAUUCCGGAGUUCCUUUGUCUCCCAGUAGCAGGCUGGCCACCGAGAAAGGCUCCAAAAAGCUGUCUUCUAGCAUGCCAACCUCUGCACGGCCUUCUCAAAAACCCCAGUGAUCUUCUGCAAUCCGGGUGUUUUAUCUGUACAGAUGUUUAUUUAUUUAGAACUCCCUUCCCACCAAAGCCCUCUAUGCUUUUCUUUUGUAUUUUUUUUUUGGGGGGGUUAUAUGCCUGACUAUGUGAGAGAAUAUGAGUGUGUGUGUGUGUGUGUGUGUGUGUGUGUGUGUGUGGAAUUCAAAUUGUUAAAAGCGUCGCCUUAUUCUGCCAUUGAACCAAAUAGCAGCCAUAGGCAAAGCAUUGAUACCAAGCUAACUGGAAUAACUGUAGAAAAUAAUCUGGAUAGUCCCUUUAGCAAUUGUACCUAUUUUUUUCUAGAGAACUCUAAUGACUUUGGUUGGACACUAGGGUUUGGAAACCUGUGAACCAAUUAAGCUAUCAGUGUGUAAACAGAUGAAUUGUUUGACUUGGGUUUUCAUCUGAGUAGAAUUUAUCUUCAUGUAGAUUGUUGAGUGCCAUCAGGAGCUUAGAAAACAAACAAAACAAAAACUGUGACGCUAACAACAACAUAAACUGAGGGAAAACUUGCUUUCUGCACUUUGGCCCCAUCUACCAGUCUUUGUAAGGGCAAUAUCUUAACACUAAUGUUUCUCAGGUAUAUAUACUCAGCUAGGCUAGGAUGGAUGUACAUUACUAAUAAAUGGGUUCAAGAGGAAGAUGACAUGGGGGGGGUGACUAUCCUUUCUCCUACUGCCAUGGGUAAAGGUUUCAGAGGUAGACAGAAAAUCUAUUGCUACCUUCAUAUCUGCAUUUAUAUGCAUACCCUAGUCUGUCUUGACUCCUUGGAUAUGUUCUAAGAUUUGGCAAUUUUUGGAUAGUCAGAAAGCUAGUCACUAAUAUUUUUUUCAUUCUAAAUUUUCUGGCUAAGGCCAUUGGAAUUUUGAACUGUUUAUUCCAAGCUGGAAGCCUGAGUUUAUCAUUUUCUUCCCCUGAUGUUGCUUUUUUCUGUUAGAAGUUUGAGGAUCUCCUACUCCCCUUGUGUGCAUGCUUACUGCCUUGUCUUGCUGCUUGGAAAAGAAAGAAGUUGCCUCCUACCAAGAGCCACUGGUGGUGUGGUGAUGUGUUGUGAGACAAAGCAUUGCACAUGCACUUUGGAUUGUACCUGUCAGUCUUCCUUGUGACUGCUUUUCUAUAGCUCUUUUAUGUCUGCUCUGUCCUGAAGAGUUAACCUCAGACCCAGAACUCAAGCAGAGUCUGGCAUAUGUUCCCUCUGACAUGUAGUUGCCAAUCGCAUUACUAUAGAUGAAAAGGGGGACCUCAAACCUCUCUGGAUUCUCACAGGUAAAACAUAGUUUUCCAAGCCUUGUGGAAAUCACUUGGAAAUACUUUCCAGUCCAGUUUUUUGGUGUCCUCUUUUCUCCUCCUCUUCUUCUUCUUGUUCUUCUUCUUGUUCUUCUUCUUCUUGUUCUUCUUCUUCUUGUUCUUCUUGUUCUUGUUCUUCUUCUUCUUUUUCUUCUUCUUCUUCUUCUUCUUCUUCUUCUUCUUCUUCUUCUUCUUCUUCUUCUUCUUCUUCUUCUUCUUCUUCCUCCUCCUCCUCCUCCUCCUCCUCCUCCUCCUCCUCCUCCUUCUCUUCCUCCUCUUCCUCCUCCUCUUCUUCUUUUUUAAUAUCAAGAGAAUUGUGGUCUUGAUUCUCAGAGUAGCAUUUGUCACUUUGUCAUUAAAUAUAGCAUGUUGAGUUUAUGUAUUAUUACAUACUAAAGCUCAUGGUUCCCAGGUCCACAUGAACUCCCUCUUCAGUAUUUCUGUGACGUGGCCGCGGUGCAUAUGUGCGUGCGGUGUGAUUUCUGCACUGUCCUUUUGUUCUUUAUGUUAAGAAUACCUCCUGGGAAGUACUUUCCACUAGUUAAGUUUAUUUUGCUGCUAAUAUGGACAUUAGCUGGUAGCUUGCAGGUUCAGGGUGACUGGGAUUUUCAGCCCUUGUGGUAUUUGAGGCUUAGGUGUUCAGCUUUGUGCACGUUACCACAGUGCUCCACACAAUCCAGUGUGUGUGUGUGUGCAGUGCCCACUGCACUCAGUCCUAUACUGUCUGCUUCUGUUCCUCCUCCCCCGCCCCUUGUGGCUUCCCAAAGCCUCCAGGCUCUCUGCCCUUUGUGUGACUGAGGUGACAGCUGCCUUUUCAUGUCGUCAUUGUUCAGUGGCACACGGUCAACCCCAGCAGUGUUUGGCCACCUAUCUUGUUGUCUUUUAUUUUCUAAAAAAGCAUCAAAUGUGAGGCCAUCAGUAUCAGGAAUUGAGCAUUUGUGUGAUUUGAGCCUCUGAAAUGGUCUUAGAAUUAGAGUGUGAUAAGACAAAGGAUUUUAAUAACAAGCUGUUUUGCCAUAAUUAAGAUGACUAGAAGCUAGUUUAAUUUUCACAGUACUACAUAGUUUAUUCUUGAAUGCAGUAGGAAUGGAUUCUCCCUCCCACAUGUAUCAUGCUUUCUUAAACAAAACAGAAAAAUCCUCAAGUGUCUACUUUUCCAUGGGAUCAAGAAAGACAGUUUCUAUAAUUAAUAAAAUUGAAAAGAUGCAUGUAUAUGGAAUUUAGUUCUUAUUUCAUAUUUAAUUUAAUAGAAAAAAAUCAUCAUUUUCUAGGCUAUGAAGCUGCCAUGCUUGUGAGGUUGGGAAACAAUACAAUCUAAUUCCUUACUGCUGGGGUGUGUUUAAGACCCAGAAAAGGCUGCUCUGACAGUGUUGUCUGAAGUGAAAGAGCUUAUGAGAGCAUUGCUGCUUGGUUCAUUCAGUUCUCUGGCAGGGUUAAGUUACUGCAGUCUUUCCCCAGUGAUUUGGAUAUAGUGAACAUACUGAGCCUGGUUAGGGCAGUCAUUCCCCGUGGGCACACAGCACCAACCAACAGAAUGAUGCAUUGGUAAUUUUUGGGGGGAUGUUAAAUAAGCCCCCCUUUAUCCUUGCUCUUUUCCUGUAGAACACCCUGCGCAUGAGGCUACACCAUCCCUUAAGCCAGCCUUCCUCCUUGCCUUCAUGAUGAUGCUUACUCAUGUCCCUUACAACCCUCGCCAACCUCAUUUAUCUCUUCUUAUGCCUGAGAGUGAGUAGUGCCAUGUCCAAUCAAUAGAGCAGUGUGGUAUAUCUGUGCUGUGCCACAUUUAAUUCAUUUGGGCCUGCUUUGCAAAGCCAAACAGAAAGCUUCAGCAGUCUGCUGUAGUUGAGGAGUCCUGGGAGACACCAAAACAAACAGGGCCUGCCAUGAAGUGGUGGUCUUCAUUAAAAACACCCAAACAGAUUAUGGUUGGGUAAGACAUGAGGUUCCUUGAGUUUUUGUCUCGAAAUCAAAAGUGCCCUUGUUUAUCUCUGGAGACAUUAUGGUCUUCUGGCCACUGGAUCAGACUGAGCUGUCUGUCCUGUAUAGUGGUUAAAAUCUAGUAUCUGGUCACUUUACAUUAGAGUCAACCCUCUGUGUUUCUAUGAGACGGCUAUGGAGAUUGUUGAGGGUGGGAUGCACUGUCACCCGUCUAACUAAUAAGUAGGAGUGGUGUGUUAAGGGAGCAGUCGUGGCAGCUUAAGGGAUAUGGAUUAAAGAGUUGUAAAGAAAGCUCAUUUGAGAUAAACCCUCUUUAAGUUUUGAUAGAUUACUAAUAGCAGAAGUUACAGUUUCCUGUGUACAUUGUCAUUGAAUACAAAGGUAAUUAGUGUUCUGGUUUGGACUUUUGAGCUAGGAUGCAAAUCAUAAGCACAGCUUCAAUAAAACAUGGUUUGGAGGUGCAUUGAUACUUAGAUUUUGGAGUUGAGAAGGGAAAAAUUUUCUGGCAAACCAGUGCCUACCAUAAAGACAACUUAGCUGCUAGUAUGCAGGCUGCUCUUGCUUGAGUUUUAUAAAGAGCUCAUUGCUAUUCAGCUGACUGCACCUUCAGUUGGGACAUCAUGCUUUUGUUUCAGUCAGUGCUCGGGGUCCCGUGCUGCCUUGUGAUCAGACCCCAAAUUGUUCUUCCUAGCUGCCUUUUGAGCAUGACCGAUCAUUUUUACCCCGCAGUUUUGCAUGCUCUCCUUCUAACCCAGAAAGCAUGCUCAUACUACCUAUGCAAGCAACCGAUUGAAAAGCAUACAGAGAAACUACACCAAACAUUGAGUUUUAAAAAAGAAAAAAGACAACUCAGAUCCUGGAGCCCUAUUUUUGAAUUUGUAAUUUUUAAAGCGUGGCUUCAUCAUCAGUGUAGGUGAACCUGAGUGUGAAUUUUAGGUUGCUUGGCGUCUCUUUCUCUGCCAGUCUUUUUUUUUUUUUUAAUUAUCAUUGGUGAGAUUGUGUGUAAAAUAGUAUUUUGCAAGCAGGAGUGGAUUGGAUAUGUUGAACAUACACUGGUGUAUAUAUUGUAUUUAGCCUGAAGACUUUCCUAAAGUAUUUUGUUCUAAGAAAUAACCUGCCAUUUUCUAUAGAUUUUAAUUUUUUAUAUCUUCUGGUGUCGUUCAUCACAAGGAGAGAUGUGGCUUCAUAUAGUGCUAACAAUUUUUAAAUGCUUUUGUAGAGACUCGGAGGUGUUUAGGAAGACUCUGGGACUUCCCACUCACUGAUCUCAGUAAGAUUAAGGAUGUGGAAUGUAUGGUAGUGUUAAACAAUGUAUUCAGGUCUAGAUCCGACUCACAUUCAUUUAAAACCAUUGUUUUCCAUGGGGCAGGGAUGGGGCAGAGGCUCAUAGCAUAGGUGAAAGAUGUCUUUGAAUCUCAUACAUAUACUGUCCUGAGGCCUCUUCUGAAUGAGUCACCCAAGGUCACUAGGAUCAUCAAGGGACUUGGAAGGCCUGGGCCUCUCCCAGGCUUUUGAUGCUGGGUGACUUUCUCUCCUUAUUCCAGUCAGAAUCGAGAAGGAUGUGGUACACCAUCUCUUUGCCAACAAUUUAUGGCAAGAAUCAUCACUGCCAUACAAAGUACUCAGGAGGAAUUCCAGUUGCAUUGGACAAGAAAAUUAAAAGAAGUUGUCAAUCCCCUGCUCGAAUUCAGGGGACAAGAGCUUUCUGACUUCAAGGCCUGAUUUGGACCUGUGAAGCAUUUUAUGGGUGGUAUGUUACUUGCCAGUCUGGGAUUGUUCUUCCUGGUGGCAAGCAGAGUGCCCCAAGGGGUCCAAAUUCAUUCCCAGAGCCUCUGUUCAGAUUCUGUUGUCGGGCUGAGACCCAUGCAGGAAGGGAAGUCACUCCAUGUUAGAAAAUGUGGCAGAAGACAGUAGAAAGCUAGCUGUCUGGCCAUGCAGACCCUGCUCUGCUUUUGACAGCACGGUUACAAACCACAGGCUACACGGGCCCCCUGCUCUGAUUGCACUCCACUCUAGGUCUUUCCUACUCAGAAUGUAGCUCUAGGAGUCCUUUUAAAUUUAAAAACAAAUGUGAAACGUUCUAUUGAAAUUAUUUUGACGCUCUCAUUGCUAUUUUUUCAUGUAAUUAAAUCAGUACCUAUCCAGGAAUUUGGCAGUAUAUGUUACCUACAGAGGCACAAAAAGUUUGGUUUUAAUCUGUGGUGAGCCAGGUGCACUAUACCAUCUUCAAAAUAAUCUACUGUGCUGUGUGGCCUCAUCCCAUUGAACAUCAGGCUGCCUACAAAAAGGAGAAAAACAGUUUAUCUGACAUGGCUCAUAUUUUAAGGAGUAAGGGUAUCAGGAAAAAUCAGAGCUGGAACAGCUUUGGCACACGGCCUCCCAGAGUCGAGCUCUCUGCUGCUGUGAACACGCAGCAUGAACUUUCCUAGGUGCUAUUCCAGACUGGGGGACUGUGUUUCUGCACUUGCGGUUCUGUCGGUCUUUCCUGUAGGCAUUUGUGUUCUGUGUAGGUCUGCUCACCGACUGUGCCUCUCACCACUGGUUAAAAUUGAAUUUGGGCCUCAUUACCAAAAUGGUUUCUUGAUUCUCUUGUGUAUUUACAGCGGCGUUUAUUUCUCUAGUUGUCUUAAAAGUUGCAUGUCAUAUCACUGUACACAAAAUGCUUUGGUGUCAUUCAUGAGCCAUAGUGAGCUCUGUAUAAAUUCUUCAGUAAAAGGAUGGCAGAGUGUCUUUCCUGCAGGCUGGAAGAAAGUGUAUCCUACAUUUUAAAUUAUUUUAGGCCAAGUGCAUGAGGUAUGUCACUGCCUUCUGUUAUUUAUUUGUAUAUUUUAUUAUUCAAGGUGUAUGCACUUUUAAGAAGCAGAAUUUAUAUUUUUAUGUUUAAAACAUUUUAUUUCCGAGACAGCAGUUGGUUAUAUAGUAUACAGUUGGAAUUAAGAGAAAACUGGAAAUGUAACAAAACAUAAUAAAUUUACUACAUGCCUUCUUCAA